AUGGAUCGACUGCAGCCGGCCAUGUAUGGCUCCUCAGCUAUGCGCUCCUUCUCCGCUGGGUCUUACGGAUCAGAUGGCUCCGCUUCGUCGUCACACACAGCCCAAGACGCAGUUCACACCCCGUCGACGAGCCCUUCCCUUUCUGAUAGGGGCGCUUCAUCCUCAGAUUCUGCCAAAUGGGCAACAAGUCCUCACGCACACCAACUCUCGUCUCCUGAUCCCGCAGCCGGCUCUGGACAACAAGGCCUUUCGCCACUAGAGCUCCUCGUCAAAAGGGGCAAACAGGUACAGCACGAAAUUCUCGAACCUAUAGCUGACUCCACGCACGACGCAGCAAAUCAUCCCAUCUUCGAGCGUGCUUCAGCCCUUUCACGCAAAACAUCAGUCCGCAAGCCGCCAAUUCAGCCAUCACCUGACCCAGAUGACUUUGAUGACACUCGCAGCAUUCGCAGUGUCAACUUGCUCUCUGAAGACGGAUCCAGCUUCUCGCGCAGUGCUCGCGGCUCGGCACCUUCCUCAUCCUCAAUUCCACCCAACCCGCAAUCAUCAAACAGCUCCUUCUCGGUACAGCGUGGAUACAAAGCGUCCUACGAUGACAGCAGCGAUUCCUACCUGCCGACAGAAACAGACAAUAGCUGGCAGAGACAGUCGUCGCACCUUCUCAGCAAUGCGUUUCGUAGCUCCAUUGCCUCGGACAUCUCCUUCAACUCGAUCACUGGUGAUGCGCUCGACUCUUCGCUCUCUCGCAGAGCGUCAAUAGAUACCGUUCGCAGUUCAGAGUUUGGCGAAGAUGGCAGGUGGGGCCGAGCCUGGGCAAAUCGCGCUGAUGAUGAAGAGAGCGCAUAUGCUGAAAGCACUUAUGGCGAUAUCUACGACGAUCACAAUGAUGGCGACCUCAAUGGUGAUGAAUCAAGUCUAAUGAAUUACAGCAUCGACUUGGAUCCCAGCCGGGGACCGCUGGCAUCGCAUGGUGGUCUUUCUUCGGUAGCCAAGCAGUGGAAGCUGGAUCAGGCGUCGUCCUCAGCAUUAUCGCGGCACAGUCCAAAUUCAAGCUCGUCUAGUUCUGCCCCCGUUCCCGCCAUCCGUGAGGUGCAAAGCAAAGAGAAGAUCGUUAGUCUCAUUCGAUCCGCACCACCUCCCACGUCAACGACGACGGCACAUCUUCAGCAGCCCUCACUAUCUUAUGGGCAUGCCGACCCUCGACAUAGCUACGUCCCGCAGAUUGAGACUCAGGACUACGAUGCCGAGCACGCACAGCAGCUGUCUGACCGAACACCGAUGGCCUCUGCGGAUCGCUACCUUGGCCAUCGCAACACGUCAUCGACAUCAACAAUCACAGGUAGCAACACAAACAGCCCGCCGACCGCCCGAGUCUAUGUGUACCCACCGAGCCCUUCAGGUUCAGAAGCGUCAAGGGUCAGCGGCGGCGAACACUGCAACUCCAUGCCGAAUCGUACAAGUCAGCAGCGAUACGCCUCUAUGCCUCAUGCUACUUCGGCUCAGAUCGAAACCGUUGAAUCUUUGCCGCAGGACAACGCGCAACGCACACCAUUGGCGCCAUCCAGUCUGUUGUCUAACCCACGCAGUGCGUCUGCUGGUGCACUUGGGUCACAUCAACCAAGAUCUUCAGGACAUCCUGCAGGACGUGCUCCUCCACCGCCUCCACCGCCGGGAGCUGGAACUCCAGGCAGUGAGCUAGGAUACUCCGACCCGAAUCAAUACUUCCAUGGAAUAGACAGACCUAUCAUCGGUCGAAAUCGUGCUGAAGCGAUCAAACGAGCGGAUGGAAGGGAAAGCAUGGUCUCUGAUCUCGACGUCGAAACACUUCGCUUGGAUGGAAGCAGUCGUCGUGACAGUACCAGCACCAUUGGUAGUGUUAUGACUUCGCGCAUGUCGGUCGGCAGUGUCCAUCACAGCCCACUCGCUCUGCAGUCCAACGCAUCCUGGCAAGACCAAUCAGUGCCAAACGUGCCACAAGCCGCCUCGCCAAGAUCCCAACAGCAACCGUCGAUACAGGCAAAAGCAUCGCAAGCCUCUUUCCGAUCUCUGCAACCUGUGCAGGGCACAGUCAGCAACUCUAACUUCGGAACUCAAGACACGCCCACCACGGGUCGUCCGCCCAUGCUACGCAACGCCAAAUCAAGCAACGCCCUCCCUUCUACAACCACUGCUGCAGGUUCUGUAGGCAUGCAAGCCACUGCCUCUGCCCCUCCUGUCGGUCUUGGUCUCAAUCCCAACCCUUCCAUCCCGAAACCCCGCCCUUCUGCCUCUCCGGCCGUCGACACGCGCACAGGCCCCACUUCGGCAGAAGACUUCCUAUCCCAAGGAAUCACCUAUCACGAACAAGGAGACCUAGCCCGAUCCGCAUUCUACUUUGAACGAUCCGCAAAGGUCGACGGAGGUUGUGUAGUGGGAAUGUGUAUGUUCGGUAUGGCUUUGCGCGAAGGUUGGGGUGCACGAAAAGAUCCAGUGAAAGGUUUUUCUUGGAUUCAACGUGCAGCUGCCCGUGCUGGCGAGAUGAUGGCUAACACUACCACACCUAAGACCGAGUCAGAGUUGAAAGCUAUCAAGAGCGAACUCAAGUUAAGUGUUUAUGAGUUGGGUAAAUGCUGGUGUUAUGGAUGGGGUGUCAAGAUGGACAAGCAUAUGGCCUUGGAGUAUUUUGAAUUGGCGGCAAAGUUGGGCGAUGCUGAUGCUCAGGCAGAGGCAGGGGCGCUGUAUGCGGCUGGGAAGGGAUGUAAGAAGGAUUUGAAGAAGGCUGCGAUGUAUUAUAGAAUGGCGGAGGAAGGUGGGUAUGAUACUGUUGGGUUGAGUUGGAUUCAUAAAGACAAGUACAAGUAG